AUGUAUUCUUGGUGUAACCUACCUGCGUCUGUACUAAACAACAACACCCUCCAAGCCCAGCAGUGCACUUCGGGUACUGUGUUGCCCGGCGAGACAUGCACAAUCUGCCCUAAUACCGAUAUAGCAGGCGUAGGUGUGAGAGCCGCGUUCUAUGUGCAGAGUCUGUUCAAUACCCUUUUAGUGAUAUUUUCCCCGGAGGAUUCAGUACCAAGUGCCUGGGCGAGUACCUUACUGACUGCAGCACUCGUCAUAGCGGCCGUCGUCCAGAAGAUUCAAGGCAGCAUUACACUCCAUCACUCUAUUCUAGUACUCAACUAUGCGACCCUCUCCUGUAUUAGCUCCCUUGCUAUCGCACCCAUCCUUCCGGUUUGGCGGAUAGAGUCUGGCGACCCCGUUGCCAGGGGGAUCAAACGGGGACGAGAGCACGUCCAAUCUCAAGGAGAUGACACUGAGUCCAUAACGAACAUGCUCCUCAACACCAAUGUCUAUACGAAGACGCGGAGAAGAUACAUCCGAAUGUCCCAGGAGAAGCAACGCACAGUACUUGCGCUCGCGCUCUUUCUACAGGUAAUUCUCCAAUGGUCAUGGGGAAUCCUCAUGUUCGUAUCGCCCAGCUACAGCCAGAAGGCCUGCAGUGCCGACACAGUGCUACUGUUCUUUUUUGUGCCGUUGACUGCUCAACAUAUCAAUGACGGCCGAUUUUAUGUUUGGGCUUUGUGGUUACUUCUUUCGCUAGGUGUCACAUUAUUCUUGACCGUAAUCUUGGCGAUUUCCAGUCGCACUCGCGCACGCAAGGCGUUAUCGCGGCAUUCUACCAUCUCUUCCAUAAGUUCGACUUCAUCUCCGUUUUACCAACAACUAUAUCAUACUACGAUGGCAUCGAUGCCCCCAUUGAAGGACCCCAGAAGACAGUCCAUCUUCUGGGGCAACGUCCUGUUCGCAAGUUUCUGGAUAUUGUUGAUAAUUGCGUCCGAACUGCAAAUAAGAAUGAACUGUAUCUUCUCCGGAGAGAACUAUUUCGGAGGUUUUGGCCAGAUCACAGCAACCUUUCUGGCCUUCACGCCCAUCUGGAGUCUCACAGUCGCGCUGUACCGAUAUCCUGCGGAACUCCGGAAACAACGGCGUAGAGAGCUGGCUGCACGGACCUCCAGUCUCCGCCACCCCAGUCCAGCAGCUGUAAGCCGUAUCGAAGUGUUUCCGCAUCGAGUUCAUGCGGCAAAAGUGGAUGAUGGGCAUUUGUAG